AUGUCGAGUAAGACUGCUUCCUUCUGUUUUUUCUCUUCUAGGAGUGGUGCCAAGUUGACAGCACCCUUGGGAUGCUUGGUCUCUAGGCAAAAGCACACUCUUCCUGACUUGCCUUACGACUAUGGUGCUCUGGAGCCUCAUAUUAAUGCAGAAAUCAUGCAGCUGCACCACAGCAAACAUCAUGCCACCUACGUGAACAACCUGAAUGUUGCUGAGGAGAAAUACAAAGAGGCACUGGCAAAAGGUGAUGUUACAACUCAGGUGUCACUUCAGCCUGCACUGAAGUUCAAUGGUGGGGGUCAUAUCAAUCACACCAUCUUCUGGACAAACCUUUCUCCUAAUGGAGGAGGAGAGCCUAAAGGAGAAUUGAUGGAAGCGAUCAAACGUGACUUUGGUUCCUUUGCAAACUUCAAGGAGAAGCUGACAGCCGUAUCAGUUGGUGUUCAAGGAUCAGGCUGGGGGUGGCUUGGCUAUAACAAAGAACAAGGACGCCUACAAAUAGCAGCUUGUGCAAAUCAAGACCCUUUGCAAGGAACAACAGGUCUCAUUCCUUUGCUAGGAAUCGAUGUAUGGGAACAUGCUUAUUAUCUUCAAUAUAAAAAUGUUCGACCUGAUUAUUUGAAAGCCAUCUGGAAUGUGAUCAACUGGGAGAAUGUAUCUUCAAGAUAUGCAACUUGCAAAAAAUAGAGUGGAAUUGUUACACAGACUACCAAAAUGUCACCAGUUCUACUCUGAUACCACUCUUGUAGUAGUACGUGUGGCUUACAAGUGAAUUGCUCUACUGCAGAAAACACUUCGCUCAUCCAACAAAAGCAUUUAAUAAUCAGGCAAAUUGUCUGCUUGUUUAAUUCUGUGAGAGGUAUUUGCUUAGAUUUUUGAAGCUUUAAACUGUUGUGCAGCAGAGAGACACUUUAAAUAAUCUUUCCAUUGCAUAUAAAAUCAUAGAUCACCUUGGUGAAGCUUAUUGAGGUAAUGGAUUUCCUUGUUGCACUAAAAUACCUAAGUGGAAAGAUGUACUUCAUGUUGCUAUAAACAAAUAAAUGUCAAAAGAAGAAUCUUCUAUAAC